AUGGACUGGUUUUCUUGGCUAUCAAAAACUGGCCUUGAUCCUUCUUUCAUUCAUCACUACGCCCUUAGUUUUGUUCAAAAUGAACUUCAACAAGAUGAUAUAGCUUAUUUUAGUCAUGACUUGCUACAGAGCAUGGGAAUUACUGUGGCAAAACAUCGGCUUGAGAUUCUCAAGCUUGCUAUGAAAGAGAAGGGCAGAAGUAUACACCCAGUGUUAUGGUUCAUUUUUGCCAUCAAGCAUACCAAGACAUUUCUUGCUAAGCAUGUUCGGUGUUUGGUUCAUCAUGAAAAUUCGGCUCUUGUACCGAAAAGGAAUUACAGUUUGAGAUGGAAGGUAUCUAUGCUGCAGAGGAACAAGAAGUUGAGAACAACAAUGCCAAAAAGGCAAAUGAUGCUAACAAAUGGAGAUUCUGUUGCUGAGUCUAGCCAAAAGAUUUUGAUGCUGACAAAUGGGAGCCCCACGGUGGACUCUCAAAGCUCCGGCUCAGACAGAAACUCGAAUAUCAAAAAACAGGUGUGUGAUCAUGAAAAAGUCGACAGCAAUGACGACAAGGAUUGGUUGAGUAGUGUGGAAGAAAUCACGUGGGAUAAAAUGUUCCAGAAUUUGAAACCCACGUGA